ACAUUUUUGAGAUGGCUUGGGUUACAUUCAACAGUCCUCUUUGGAAGAAAGAAAUUGUCCAAGACAAAGUGAAACCCCUCCCGUCUAUGAAAAAGAGAAGGAAAAUGGAAUCAGGAUUUAUAAACGACGGAAUACACACAAAAUUUACCACAAACCGCAGAAAGCCUAUCAUACCACCCUACAACGCAGUGCAGGAUCGCUAUGCGCAGGCGUACUUCCAGUCUCCAUUUGUAAAAGCCAUGAUGGAGAGGAAUUUUCAUCUGAAGGAAUUACAACAAAGCCAGGAAAAUGCAAGGAAUUUGAACAAGUUGAGCCACAGGCAUCGCUGUAAACGUACUCCAACAGUGGAGGAGAUUCGGGCUAGGGAGCAGACGUUUGUGAAUGACGCGAUCAUCACGGAGAGAAAACGCACAAAAUACAAGGACAUUAUCCCCGUUUACAACGCUUCAAAUGAUCGACAUUGCCUUGGCUACUUCAAGAGACCGGAUGUGAAACAUCUAAUCAGCAUAACUUGUACACCAACUGGUUCCUUCAGUUUUGACAGUAAAUUUAAAAAUCCCAGACGACCGAAACUAAGGGCAUCUGUUCCUUGAAUGAACAGUGGGCUGAGAGAACAUACGGUAGAUCUAACUUUUGUUAGAUAAAAUAUAUUGAUUCUGAUGUUAAACUCAGAAUUUAUUUUUUGUAAGUGAGUCAAUGUUAUUAAUGUUUGUAGCCAUAAGUAUAUUUGAUAUAUUGUAUUUUUUCCAUAAACCUACCGAAUUCACGUUCACCAAGCACUGUUCUUGCUUUUUAUGUUUUUCUUCCAUCACAAUCAUUGACUGAUGCAAAUUCUAUUUAUUAUGCUAAGUUUGUUAUAUUUCCUUGGGAAUUGCAAGUUUUUUUUUUGUUUUUUUUUUUUUUUUUAAAUUGAUUAAAAUACAACAGCAUGGAAAUUAACAUUGAGCAAGAGUCUUUGGCGAACGUCUGAACCCUGUGUUAUUCUGACUUUGUAUAUUUGUAUAAUAUUUUGUAUAUUGUUAAUUAUUUCUCUUUAAG